CAAAAUUUCCCGUUCUUUAACCAGGAAUUUAUUCCGCCCAAAAAAGAAAUUCUCUUUCUUUUUGUUUCGUACGGCCUGGAGCGAGCGCAAACCCGCAUCCUUCUCUUCUUCCCCCUCUCUUGCGGAGCAGAAGGUAGGGAUUCCUCCACUCCAAAGGAGAGAGAGAGAGAGGACCAAGAAGACCCAAGCGGGGAGAGGGGGGGGGGGGGGGGAGGGAUGGUGCUGGCAAUCUUGGCGCGGCGGCGGGCUGCGGAGGCGGUGCUGCGGCGGCCGCACGCGGCGGCGGCGUUCUCGGCGUGGAGGGCGUACGCGGCGGCGGCGGCGGCGGGGGAGGAGAGCGACGUUGUGGUGGUGGGCGGAGGGCCCGGCGGGUACGUGGCGGCGAUCAAGGCGGCGCAGCUGGGGCUCAAGACCACCUGCAUCGAGAAGAGGGGCACCCUCGGCGGGACCUGCCUCAACGUCGGCUGCAUCCCGUCCAAGGCUCUUCUGCACUCAUCACAUAUGUACCAUGAAGCAAAGAGUUCUUUUGCUCACCAUGGAGUUAAGUUCUCAAAUCUGGAAGUGGAUCUCCCAGCCAUGAUGUCUCAGAAAGACAAGGCUGUGGCAGGACUAACAAAAGGGAUUGAAGGGCUCUUUAAAAAGAAUAAGGUGACGUACGUUAAAGGCUUUGGGAAAUUAGCUUCCCCCUCGGAAGUGUCAGUUGAUUUGAUUGAUGGUGGUAGCACUGUUGUCAAAGGGAAAAACAUAAUCAUCGCAACUGGGUCAGAUGUAAAAUCACUACCUGGAAUCACUAUUGAUGAGAAGAAAAUUGUUUCAUCUACUGGUGCUUUGUGCUUGUCAGAAAUCCCAAAGAAAUUGGUGGUAAUCGGAGCAGGUUAUAUUGGCCUGGAGAUGGGUUCAGUCUGGAAUCGGCUUGGUUCAGAGGUCACUGUUGUUGAAUUUGCGUCGGAUAUAGUCCCAUCAAUGGAUGGCGAGGUCAGGAAGCAGUUCCAACGCAUGUUGGAGAAGCAGAAGAUGAAGUUCAUGCUCAAGACAAAGGUAGUUGGGGUUGAUACCAGUGGAGAUGGCGUAAAGCUAACUCUUGAGCCUGCAGCUGGUGGUGAGCAGAGCACCCUUGAAGCAGACAUUGUCCUUGUCUCUGCUGGCAGAACCCCAUAUACUUCUGGGAUCGGGCUGGACACUAUUGGUGUUGAGACAGACAAGGCUGGCAGGAUCCUCGUUGAUAAGCGCUUCAUGACGAAUGUGAAGGGAGUCUAUGCAAUUGGGGAUGCCAUCCCUGGGCCCAUGCUUGCACAUAAAGCUGAAGAGGAUGGUGUCGCAUGUGUCGAGUUCAUUGCUGGAAAGGAAGGCCAUGUUGAUUAUGACACAGUGCCUGGUGUGGUGUAUACACAUCCGGAGGUUGCAUCUGUUGGCAAGACUGAGGAGCAGGUGAAGGCUGAAGGAAUUGCCUAUCGCGUUGGCAAAUUCCCUCUGCUGGCAAACAGCCGUGCAAAGGCCAUCGAUGAUGCUGAGGGGAUAGUCAAGGUGGUGGCUGAGAAGGAAACUGACAAGAUUCUUGGUGUGCACAUAAUGGCGCCCAAUGCUGGUGAAAUCAUCCACGAAGCUGUGCUCGCCUUGCAGUAUGGAGCAUCGAGCGAGGAUGUUGCUCGUACAUGCCAUGCACAUCCCACUGUGAGCGAAGCCCUGAAGGAGGCUUGUUUGCAAACCUUCUCGAAAGCCAUCCACAUAUGAUUUCUGGUUGUCUCUUUACAUCCAAACUACUGGCUCAACAAAUCCCAAACUUCCGUAAUAAUUUUGGAUCUGUGGAACCAAAAAGCCCCUGAUUGCCAUUUUGUUUUGUUGACGGUACUGUGAAUUGACCUUUUGACAGUUGCCAGUUUUUGUUUCCUCGCAUAGCCGCUACAUCUAUACCAAUAAUAUCCUGAUACUGCAUUGUUGUGUA